AUGAACAACCAGGUAAUAGAUUUAAGUUCAUGUACGACAGAAGAUGGUUCUCUAUGGAUUUUUGGGUAUGGUUCUCUGACCUGGAAAGUCAAUUUUCCGUACAAGUCGAGAAUGGUGGGCUAUAUUAAAGGAUACGCUAGGAGAUUUUGGCAGGGAAGCACAGAUCAUAGGGGUAUUCCAGGCCAACCUGGCCGUGUUGCAACUCUGAUUAGGGAUAUGAAAGAAAUAACAUGGGGUGUAGCAUAUCAAGUAGGACCAGAUGAUAUCCCUAAAGUCAUUGGCUAUUUAAAUUUUCGAGAGAAAUGCGGUUAUACUACAGACUGCGUAAAGUUUUAUUCUGCGGAUAAUACUAAAAAUUUACCAAGUGUAUUAAUCUAUAUCGCCACGGAAGAUAAUGAAGAAUUUCUUGGACCAGCAACAUUACAAGAGGAAGCGAGACAUAUUGUAUCAAGUUGUGGACCAAGUGGACAAAAUUCAGAGUAUUUAUUACGUUUGGCUGAAGCUAUGAGAAAAAUGGGAAUUACUGAUCGCUACUUAUUCGAUCUUGAACAAAAGAUAUGUGAACUGAUGGCACAAUGA